AUGGGCCUGGGCCACGAGCAAGGAUUUGGUGCCCCCUGCUUAAAAUGCAAGGAUAAGUGUGAAGGAUUUGAGCUUCAUUUCUGGAGAAAAAUAUGCCGCAACUGCAAAUGUGGCCAAGAAGAGCAUGAUGUCCUCACAAGCAAUGAGGAAGAUCGGAAAGUGGGCAAACUCUUUGAAGAUACAAAAUACACAACCCUUAUUGCAAAGCUGAAGAAUGAUGGCAUUCCCAUGUAUAAACGCAAUGUAAUGAUACUGACUAAUCCAGUGCCCGCAAAGAAGAACAUAUCCAUCAAUACUGUGACUUAUGAGUGGGCUCCUCCUGUUCAGAAUCAGACACUUGCUAGACAGUAUAUGCAGAUGCUACCCAAGGAGAAGCAGCCUGUUGCUGGCUCGGAAGGCGCGCAGUACAGGAAGAAGCAGUUGGCUAAGCAGCUGCCUGCUCAUGAUCAGGAUCCUUCAAAAUGCCACGAGCUCUCCCCCAACGAAGUUAAGCAGAUGGAACAAUUUGUGAAGAAGUACAAAAAUGAGGCGCUUGGCGUAGGAGAUGUCAAGCUCCCUGGUGAGGUGGAAACAAGAGCUACUGAGAAGAAUAAUGUGAACAAUGGUGACAGAGGCACCUCAGCUGCCGUAGGAGCGAUGGAGGACAAGUCCCCAGAUUGGAAGGCAUCUCAGUAUUCCUGCUAUCGCUGCAAACUGAACAUGAAAGAAGGUGACCCAGCUGUCUAUGCAGAACGUGCUGGAUAUGACAAAUUGUGGCACCCAGCUUGUUUUGUCUGUUGCACCUGCAGUGAACUUCUAGUAGACAUGAUCUAUUUCUGGAAGAAUGGUAACCUGUACUGUGGAAGACAUUAUUGUGAUAGUGAAAAACCCCGCUGUGCUGGAUGUGAUGAGCUAAUAUUCAGCAAUGAAUAUACUCAAGCGGAAGGUCAAAACUGGCAUCUGAAACACUUCUGCUGUUUUGACUGUGAUUGUGUUUUGGCUGGGGAAAUCUAUGUAAUGGUGAAUGACAAGCCAGUCUGCAAACCCUGCUACGUGAAGAACCAUGCUGCGACCUGCCAAGGCUGUCAUAAUGCUAUAGAUCCAGAAGUUCAGCGUGUGACAUACAACAACUUCAACUGGCAUGCUAUAUGCUUCUUGUGUUCCUGUUGCAGCAAGUGUCUAAUUGGCCAGAAGUUCAUGCCGGUGGAAGGAAUGGUCUUUUGCUCAGUGGAAUGUAAGAAAAAGAUGAUGUCUUAAGAGAAGAUAUGCACAGAACCAAGCAUUGCUGCGUUCCAAAGGCUCUUGCAUUUCUACUGUAAAAUAUAUAGAAUCGGGGCAU